AGGCGGCACUGAUAGACAGCACUGAUAGGUGGCACUGACUGGCAUCACUGCUGGGCACUGACUGGCGGCACUGCUAGGCAUUGACUGGCGCAACUGCUGGGCACUGACUGGUGGCACUGACUGGCAGCACUGAUGGGCACAGGUGGGUGGCUCUGGUGGGCACAGGUGGGUGGCUCUGGUGGGCACAGGUGGGUGGGCAAAGGUGGGUGGCACUGCUGGGCACAGGUGGGCGGAACUGGUGGGUGGCACUGGUGGGCACUGCUGGGCACAGGUGGGCGGAAUUGGUGGGUGGCACUGCUGGGCACCGAUGCCCAGUGCCCUGAU